AUGACGCAAGCCACUCUCGACGGAGUCUUCUCACACGCUUUCCUUGACGAUAUCUCAAACUUCUGGUUCCGUCAUCUCGAAGCCGAACAUGUCAUCAUCCCCAGCAUCGAAGAUGCAGCGCCAUGGUUUUCGCAAAGCGACGCAUACGACUGGGAAUGUUUUGGCAAGUUUGGUGCGCAGCUCGAGCUGAUCCAAACGAUGCAACCAAGUGUUGCUGAUAUCCUGACCGCAGCAAAGCCUUCAUCGCCUUUGCAUUGGAUCAGUCUAAUCAUCCUCUUGGACCAAAUCCCACGGAAUUGCUUCCGCGGCGCGAAAGCUCUGGUGGUGUUUACGCUCUUUGACAAGUUAGCGUUCGAGGUUGCUUCCCAGGCACUCGAACUUGAUUUACCAAAGGAAAAACGAGUUCGUUUCCGGUUGGCCUAUAGAUUUUGGUUCUACAUGCCAAUGGAACACUCAGAGAAUUUAGAGGUACACAAAAAGCUGAAAGAAGCUCAUUCAGAGAUGUGGCAUGAUCAUGAGAUGCUACUAGAAAAAGCUGUAAAAGGAUGGGACGGUCCCUUUGCACAACACCAUGCUGUGCUCCUCAAGAGAAGAGAUAGCUUCAAAAAGUUUAGAGAGACCAUGGAGGGUAUCUGCGAGGAUAAGAAGAGUUUACUACGUCGUUUUGGGCGAUUUCCACAGCGUAACAGCGCGUUAGGUCGACCAUCUACUGUAGAGGAGAUUGAAUGGCUGAAAAUCAGAUGA